AUGUGCAUUGCCAGUCAUGAUAGUUUUGUUUUCCUUUUUUUGGUUUUAGGUCCAGCACAUCAAUCCCCUGUGAUAGCAUCCAAGGCGUCAUUUAGUCAUCCUGCUGCUAUUGAUGUGCUUAUGAUCCAACCUGGAAAAAAUGAAAUUGCCUUUGUCUAUGACAAAGGAAACUCUUGCAUUCGAUUCAUUAAAGGUGUACACUCAUUUCAAGGGGAUAAAUUUGUUGGCACGUUAAAAGUACAGUCCAUCCCUGCCAACUGGAAACCUGAAGGUCUUGCAGUUAUCUCCAAAGACACAUUAGCAGUUACAGAAGGGACCACUGUUAACCUUGUUUAUAUGGAGACCAGUUAUAAUGCUGGCCAACUUGUUAAAGUUGUGGACAAUUUAGAGGCACCACAUGGGCUUUGCCCAAGUAGGACUGAAGGAACUGUCUUUGUAGCCGAUGGGCACAGCAUCAAAGAAAUUAACUUAGAAGAAAAAUCUGUUAGAAUCAGUUGCGAUGGAUUCCAGCAGGCGUUUGAUGUUGCAUUGUCAGUGAGUGGGAAUCUGGGUGUCACAGAUGUUAAAGGACACAAAAUCUUCAUUCUCAAAGAACAAAAUGGCACCCGCAUGUACAACAUUAAAAGUACAAUUGGAAAUGGAAUCUUUGGCUACUCUGAUGGUCCAGCAGCUAAGGCUCAGCUUUCAGAACCCACAGGGCUAUGUUUUGAUUUUAACAGUGCAAUUUUUUGUUGCUUUGGUGGAAGCAAAAAUGGCUACAUAAAGAUCCACACCCCUGUAGAAUUUGCAUGUACGUUUAUGAGCAAGGUUCCAGAAAUUUACCAUGCCAUAGGAUUUCUUCCUAAAAAGGAGCAGAAUCGACUAGCUCAGAUUGGAAUGAGACCUGCCGUCCCAUUUGUUGAAAGCACAGAGAAAGUUAUUGAUUCAUUGGCCUACCUGGAGAGCUUAACAGCCCAAUGGAAAGACUACCUCAAGAUGGCAACAGCUGGCCCUGAGGGAACUGUAUACUAUGGUUCAGUCAAUGGCUUUGCAGAGACUGUUAAGGGUCUGGAGGCACAUACCCAAUCAUUCGAGCAGGCAGAUUUGCAUGAUGUUCUGGACAAGUUUAACUUUUAUGCAUUUGUCAAUGAGUCCCGCAAGGAACAUGGUUUUGCGAAGCUCAAACAGAAUGGGCAGUACAGGCACCCUACUCUCCAGCAGUAUGUACGCAGUAAAGAUCGUCAUGAAGUAGAGCUAAUCAAGAAGACAUGUCAGUGUCCACAUGCAUAUCACACAAACACAUUUAGUGCCUACCAGCCAAGCCACAGGUCCAAUUUGUCUUCUGUUAAAACCAUUACACAGUACAGGAAAUGGUGUGAACAGUUCCAUCCGCCUCAAAGCCAGGAAUCUUGUGAGCAGACAAAACAAGACCUUACGGUAGUGAGAAUGCUCUAUUCUUUGACCAAAGCUAGACCAUCACAAAACAUCAGGGACUUGUACAGAUAUAAAUGUGGGUAUGGCCCCUGUGUCAUCAUUCAAAAAGAUGUGCUAUUACAAGGCAAUACAGACCAAAUCCAGCUGCAUUAUCCAGCUUUUAGUGAACUGAUGAGAGCGCUAGAAAUCAGAAGAGGAGACAACACACCAGAGAUUGGCCGUGUCCCCUCCAACAAUUAUUUGUUUGUUCCAGGGGAUAUCGUUGCAGUUAACCAUGGAACAGACGAUGGUGUCCCCAGUGGUGAUGAGUGGUGGCUUCAGGUCAACAAGCCACAUGAAUCAAAUAGAGAUAGACCUGGGUGCCAUGUAUUUGGAUUUUGGCUGAAUGAGCAAGCAGCUAGUAAGGAUUCUAUUCCUGGAAAGCAUUUUUCACUGCUGCCUAACCCUGUCAAGGUCUAUUUUGGAAGCAUCAUCAAGGACAAUAAAAUCCCAGUCGUUGUUCUAGUAGAGGAACUGAGUUCAGGUUGGCAAAGUGGAAAUGUCUUAUUCACAUUUACAAACUAG